AUAAUUUUGACAUUACAUUCAGCUACCUUCCUUUCAUCGGCACUCUUUAGUGAUUUAAUUAAAUUAUUGCAGGAUAUCAAAGUUCAUUACACCACCAUUAGGAUUUGUUGGCAGUUAUGUUUUAGAUCUUGGUGGCAAUAGCAUUCCCGUCUCUGCUAGUGACGUAGCUCAAUGGGUGAACGUGUAAGUGAAAUUGACGUGGCAGAUGCGUGAUAUUUAUUGAAUUGCACGUGUGAGAGGGAGUAUUGCUUCCGAUUGUGUACCUUUAUUGUGUAUGAAUAUAUAUAUAUACCAGAGCUUAUAAGUGGUGUAGUAACAUUUCCAUCACAGUCAUGGGUUUGACAAUUUCUAGUGUUUUGACACGGCUUUUUGGGAAGAAGCAAAUGAGAAUUUUGAUGGUUGGACUGGAUGCAGCAGGGAAAACAACAAUAUUAUACAAGUUGAAGCUAGGAGAAAUAGUUACCACCAUUCCAACUAUCGGUUUCAAUGUUGAGACUGUGGAGUACAAAAACAUAUGCUUCACUGUAUGGGAUGUUGGUGGGCAAGGCAAGAUCAGGCCCCUCUGGAGGCACUACUUUCAGAAUACUCAGGGACUGAUUUUUGUAGUAGACUCUAAUGACAGGGAAAGGAUUGCUGAGGCAGAGAAGGAGCUUCAGAACAUGCUUCAAGAAGAUGAACUCCGUGAUGCAGUUCUGUUGUUAUUUGCAAACAAACAGGACUUGCCAAAUGCGAUGAGUGCUGCUGAGCUUACAGAUAAACUGGGGUUGAACCAACUACGUAAUCGUCAUUGGUACAUUCAGGCUACAUGUGCCAUCCAGGGGCACGGUUUGUAUGAAGGUUUGGACUGGUUGUCAAAUGAGUUGGCAAAGAAGUGAAAUUGAUGGUUGUAAUUGUGUCCAGUGAUAUGUAAAAGCAUCUCCAGUGUAAAACUGUGUGAGUGUUUGUGUGUGCGAGCAUAUUUCAUCAAUAUAAAUAAGCACACAAACAACUAUUAACACUAUAAAGAAGACACUAUUGCCAUAUGAGUUUCAACCUUAAAGGGUCAUC